UUGGGAGGAAAUGAGACAAAAAAUGAGAUAUGGAUAAGCUCAUGCGAUUGGAGGCAGUAGUUAAUUUUGAUUACCCAACGUACAUCAAUUAUUUGAGGCAGAUCCAAUGGGUGCCAGUUUAGGAUCGUUGUUUUAAACCAUAACUCUAUGUCAGCUAAAUUCAGUACAUCUUCGCAAAUGAACCUAGGACUAAUCAGCAUUUUAGUAGCUACAACAGCUUCAUUGGCAAGUGCCGCCAACAUCGCGGAUAUCCUCAAAGUUAACACCUUUGGUCAGUCCGGCAAAAAACGUGUCGUCGUCCACCGCGUAGGUCAAUGUCUCGGCCAUAAGAACCUUCCAAUCUUUUUUCCUGACUUCAGUGUCUCGCAGUACAAUCGCAGUCACUACGUGGUAAAUGGAGAGGUCAUAUUCAAUGAAGACUUCCCGAAUGGAUGGGAACCAACAGCCACAGUGCGAAGGUGCGAUGGAUUCCAUGCGUCCGCCAGCUGCCGUCCCUUUCUGGAUAAUAUGGUUUCUUCGAAUGUGUGUGGCAUGCUAGCGGUCGCAGAUGCUAUCUACUCGCGGUACCUAACUGCGGUUGACCCAAAGCCACAGUGUCCAUUUAGAAAGGGUACCUACGUGGUGAAGGACCAAGUGAUAUACGAUGACAUGGCAAAGUUUCUGCCCGGAACCGGUAGCACAUAUUGGGAAAUAAAAUCGACCGGCAUGGUCGGUGAUCGGAUGGUGUUGUGUUUCUCCGUGCAGUUGAAUGUACGACCGAAAAAGCAAAAGGCAUCUAGUGGGCGAUGAAUAAAUAUUUUGAUGCGUAGACGGCAGAGGUCUUGUUUUAGAAGUUUUUGUGUGCAAAAUUAUAUCUAUUCCAAAUAAAAAAAGCAUUUUCAAAAUUAGUAGUUUUUGUUAUUGAUUAUAGUGAAAACAAUACAAGGAAUAUGGAAGGAGACUCUAUCACGAUUUCACUCAAGAAAAGUCUCUCCAAGUUAAUCCAGGAGCACUUUCAAACCAUGGACGAUAUCUUUUCGUGUGUGAUAUUCCUCCUAUGUGUCGUGGCAUUUUGGUACUUCCUAACGUUUCUCGUGGGGCUCGUGACCAGGCUCAUAUUCCCGCUGCUAUUAUGCUUUGCAUUCGUGGUGUUUGUCAACGAAAACUAUUCAGCAACGAUAGCUACGACUGUGAAGAUAUUCCAAUCCAUUUGCUCCCGUGUUUCCACCAUGAUAGGGAAUUAUGCCACAUAACGUAAUGACUCCCAACG